GAAGCCCAGGCUGUGCCCCGUCACCCCGCUGGGCUAUCUCAGCGCCUGACCUGGCCUCGGCCCGCUGCCCGCAGAGCAAACACCCUGGGACCUUAAGAAGCAGCCCUGAGCGGAGGCUGCGGGGAGCUGCACGGCAUGGCACCUCGCGGAGCUUGGCCCCUGGCGGCGCUGCUCUUACUGGGGCCAUGUGCCCUGGUGGGGGCCCAGAAGCCUUCCCCCUGCCAGUGCUCCCGGAUGCACCCGGACAACAGGGAGAACUGUGGCUUCCCGGGCAUCAGCAGUGACACGUGCUUCUCCUCGGGCUGCUGCUUCGACUCCACUGUGCCCGGCGUGCCCUGGUGUUUCCAUCCUCUCCCCAAGCAAGGCGGUCUGGGGGUGUGGACCCAGCUUCUGGGAGGCCCUGGCCACACCAAGGAGCAAAGCCAGGCCCGGCGGCCGCCUCACGGAGCCCCGUCCCCUGCAGAGUCUCAGGAGUGCGUGAUGGAGGUGUCCGCGAGGGUCAACUGUGGCUUCCCGGGCAUCAGCCCGCAGGAGUGUGCCCAGAGGCAGUGCUGCUUCUCUGACGACAUCCCCCAGGUGCCCUGGUGUUUUCUUCCCGAUCUCCGUGGAAGACUGUCACUACUAGGGCGCGAGGCUUCGGAGAGCCCCCAGGGACCCCGCGUUUCCCAGAUGAGAGGGAGCAGCCUCCCCCCGGACCCGGACCCGCCUGGAACCUGCUCCCUGCAGCCUGGGCUCCCUGGC